GGCUAUAAAGGCUUACUUCAAUGUGCGCCUGAAGUACAACAGCCAGACUUGCACUGUUCUGUACCUCACGUGAACUAUUGAGCUGUCUUUCACUCAACAAGUCUUUCAAAGAAACGUAAAAUGCUUGUUCUGAGAAACAACCCGGAUAUCUCCUGAUUUUACUUUCAAGACUCGAGAAUUAUCAGUUGGUUUACGUUCGGAUACGGCAAAUUUACUGUCACUUGUUUUUAUCUGUUAUAUUGAUUUUUUUCACGCAUGGCUAGUGCGCCACAGAUGGAUCUGAAAGUUUUGCUUUUUAUCGGGCUAACAGCUGUUUUGGCAAAUGGUUCUCCAACACGCAAGGAUGUGAGUCAAAGAAGAGAGCUGGUGUUUGCUAAAAUGAGUGAACUCCUUGGGACCUCACCAGAGCAGCUAGGCAGGGUUGCCUCCAACAGUGAUGGCUCACAGUGUCCCCAGUGUCAGCUGUCACAGCCGCGAAGACGUGCCAAGAGAUGCACAUGUUACACUUACAAAGACAAGGAAUGUGUCUACUAUUGUCACUUGGAUAUUAUCUGGAUCAACACACCAGAGCACACUGUUCCUUAUGGGAUGUCCAACUACAGAGGCUCAGAGCGUGUGCGUCGCUCCACCCAGACAGAGAGUGGAGGGAAGCAGGCCGAGUCCCGACGCUGUGCGUGUGCACUGCAGAAUGACACGGCAUGCAGCAGCUUCUGCAAGGACAGGGAAAGGAAACCAUAGUCAACUGUCUUAAGACCGUUCUGUGAUUAUCAGUUCUACCGGUCAUGACACAGCCAUGUUCACCUUAAAGAGCCUUUCGCCCAGACUGAGAGAUCUAUUAUAGGAUCCCACAGUGACAUUGUACACUUAAAAAACCUAGGUAAAGUAAUAUAUCAAGUGUAUACCUCCAUAGACAUCCAGUCAUGGACAUGUCAUUCAGUGGGAACCUUGCUGGACUGUACCACAGCUAACUGUCUUGUCAGCCAACUAAAGGACUGAUGGCCGAAAAUCUUCUAUUUUCAAGUUUGACAUUUAGGAGAGAAACUGGAGAAGAGGGAUGUUCACAAAGUGCUCCUUCUGUCCAUCUCUCCAUGUAUCUGCCCCUCAGAUGGGAGGUGUUUUUCAUUAUUUCUCCAUCAGCUGGCUUCGAUAUGCAAGACUGUCAGACCAAGAAAAAGGCCUAUAUGGACAAUGAGCAUUGGACCUGAAAGACUUAUACACAAAAUGUUUCUCAUGGUGCCUAGUGCGCCCUCAAAACAUCAUCAUAAUAAAUAUAUGCUAAGACUUUCCUAUUUUUAUCUUGAUGUGGAUCUACACUAAUCCAAGACUGGCAAGCCGGUGCACUUGAAGUGGACAAAAAAUGAUCUGAGGGGGGUAUUGGUUUUUGGAUGUCUCUCAUAUUUGAUUCAUAUGGUCAAGUUACAUGUUUUCUCCUUGAAGAAAAUAUGCCAGAACUACAUGCUGUGACUCACAAGAUCAUGUUGGAUCCAUGUAAAAAGUAAAAGUGUUCAUACCAAGGCCGUAGCCAUGGAGUUAACAUU